AUGGCAAGCUCGAUGCCACGGCCCAAAAGGGCGGGCGAAACCUUUGCUCGCACUCAUCAUGACCAAGACGACUCUCAAGGACCCUCCGAUAAUAAGAAGCCUCGAUUCGACCUACGAAACCCCUCUGCCCUUGCAGCUGAUGCCCCCGAAGACGAUGCCAUUUUAGAUGCCGAUGAGAUCGGUCGGCGUGGUCAACAAGUUCGUCGUAAAGCGAUCAACCUCGACGGAUACGAUUCAGACAGCGACAACGAAGGAUUCUCAGCGCGCAAGGAAGAGAAGUCCAAAAAGAGCAGCGCAAAGGAUGACGACGAUGACGAUGACAUGUUUGCCGAGCUACAAGAAGACUUUGGUGACGAGGAAAAUGACGGAGACGAAGCCUCGCGCAAGAACAAAAAGUCUGUCCGCUUCUUGCGUGACAAUGAGAUUGAAGGCCAAGAGUCCGAGUCAAAAGGUGGAAAGGCAUUGCGCGCCGACCUGAGCAAAGCUACAGAUGAAGUGGAAGAGGAGGAUGACGAUGACAGUGGAAGUGAUGUUGGCGAAGAGGAACGCGCCAAGGUUGAUGAUGAGAUGGACGAGGAGGUUGGCGCCGGCGGAAAGAAGAAGCAUGCUCCCCUGCUCGAUGCCUUCAACAUGAGAACGGAACAGGAAGAAGGCCAGUUUGAUGAAAGUGGUAAUUAUGUUCGCAAGGCCAUUGAUCCAGAUGCUGUUUACGAUUCAUGGCUCGACGGGCUGUCCAAAAAGGACAUCCAGAAGGCGAAAGAUGCUGCAGAGAAGCGUGACGCAGACCGAAAAGAACAAGACCGCAUGAAUGAUAGCGUGUUGACGGCCGAUGUCUUAAAAACGAUUAUUACACAUCUCGAGCGUGGGGAGACAAUAUUGGAAGCUUUGGCUCGACUAGGCAAAGGUCUGCAGCGCAAGCCCAAGUGGCAGAACAAAAAGAAAAACAAGAAGACCAGCAACAACGAAGAUAUUGAAAUGGCCGAUGAAAACCCCGACGAAGCCAACCGGAAAAGGGCAAUCGAUGCUAUCACCGGUGCCGCGGAUAUCCUUAUGGGUCGCGAUCAGCCCGAGAUCUACGACACCGAGCGCGAGCUCCUGACGCGGCAAUAUCGCAAUGAGACUGGCGAGCCUUGGGUAGAUCCACCUUCAACAUCCAAAGACGCGCCAGCUGAAGGUCCCGCAAUGUGGGAGUAUCGUUGGUCGGAUGCCCGAGAUGGAGGUGAUGCUCAUGGGCCCUACGAUAGCACUAUGAUGGCUUCAUGGAACAGCGCCGGCUACUUUGGGGAAGGUGUCGAGUUCCGCCAGGUUGGAAAUACAGGGCCGUGGAGUGCCACAGUUAAUUUUGUCUAA